AUGAGCAUACAGAACCACCUUUCACAAGGUACGAAAACCGUAAUUGUGAUGGUAGGUCUACCGGCCCGCGGGAAGUCCACCAUUGCAGAACAAAUAUGUCGAUGUGACCCCAAACACUCUCGGAUAUUCAAUGCUGGUCAAAAAAGACGCCAAUUGGAAAGAGCUGGUACGGAUGCCAGUCUUGAGCUAAAGGAGCAGAUAUUUGACAUGGCUGACCCUGGGUGUGUGGAGACGAGAGACGAAAUUGCCAUGCGCACCUUGGUAGAAUUGCUUGACUGGUUGCAAGAGAGCGAUAAUCACAAGAUCGGAAUCUUUGACGCUACAAACUCCACUCUGAAAAGGCGAAAGCUUAUCCUGAGCACCUUAGAGGAGCGUGCCACCACCAUGCCUCUAAAUUUCGUCUUCCUCGAGGUCAUUGUUGACUCGAAAGACAUUUUAGAAGAACAUCUGUACUGGAAGGUACGGCACUCUGACGACUACAAACAUCUCAGCGACAAAGACUGGUGCUUGUCCGACUUCCAAUCGCGAAUGAGACAAUAUGAAGCAGUGUACGAGACAAUUGACGACCAAGAAAUCAGCGCAUAUCAAAAGAGCAUGGAACGCCCAUUUUCGAUCUCGAUACUCAAGGUAAGAAACAGAUUCGACCAGUGCUUCUUCUACGGCGAAGAAGCGCCAGCGUUUAUACACUAUAUGCUUUUUGCAUGGAGGCGCAGGCGGUUUCUAGAAACACGUAGACACCUCGCAACCCUCAGGGAUCCCAGAGAGAUGAUAGUUCGUGUGUAG